AUGGCCUUUCAGAGGGGAAAAACUUACCAUAACUGGGAAGAAUGCACAAAAGCUUUCAGUCCCAAACACACACUUGUUCAGCAGCAGAGACUCCUCACUAGAGAAAGAUGUUUUAUGUGUAAUCAGUGUGAGAGAAGCUGUAACGUCAGUCAGCAUCAGAAAGUUUACAAUGGAGAAAGAACUUUUGAACCUGGGGAACAUGGGAUAUUAUUUAACAGAAAGUCCAACCUCAUUGAACACCAGAGAAGUAACACUAGAGAUAGGCCUUAUGAAUGUACAGAAUGUGGGAAAUCAUUUACUCAGUGCUCCAACCUCUUUACACACAAGAGAGUUCACAUGAAACAAAAGCCAUAUGAAUGUGAUGAAUAUGCAAAAUCGUUUAGCCAAAGCUCUACCCUCCUUCAACAUCGGAGAAUUCACACUAGGGAAAGGCCUUAUGAGUGCAAUGAAUGUGGUAGAACUUUUACACAAAACUCUAUGCUCCUUCAGCAUCAGAGACUUCACACUGGAUCAAAGCCUUAUGAAUGCACUGAAUGUGGAAAAUCCUUUGCUGUAAACUCCAGACUCAUUAAACAUAGGAGAGUUCAUACUGGAGAAAGGCCUUAUAAAUGCAGUGAAUGUGGAAAAACAUUUUGCCAAAGCUCUUCAUUCCUCCGACAUCAGAGAGUUCACACUGGAGAAAGGACUUAUAAGUGUGGGGAGUGUGGAAAAUCAUUUAGGCAAAAGUCCAACCUUAUUCAACAUUGGAGAGUCCAUACUAGAGAAAGACCUUAUAAGUGUGGGAAAUAUGGGAAAUUACUUAGCAACAAGUCCCAUCUCAUUGAACACCAGAGAGUUCACACUGGUGAAAGGCCAUAUGAGUGUGGGGAAUGUAGGAAAUUCUUUAGCAAGAAAUCCUACCUCAUUAUACAUCAGAGAGUUCACACCAGGGAAAGGCCAUAUAAAUGCAACAAAUGCGGGAAAUCAUUUAGCCAAAACUCUGCACUCCUUCAACAUCAGAGAAUUCACACUGGUUCAAGGCCUUAUGAGUGCACUGAAUGUGGAAAAUCCUUUGCUGAUAAUUCAGCCUUCAUUAAACACAGGAGAAUUCACACUGGAGAAAGGCCUUAUGAGUGCAGUGAGUGUGGGAAAGCAUUUGCCCAAAGUUCUUCAGUCCUUCGACAUCAGAGAGUUCACUGGAGAAAACUCAUAAAAGUAAAGAAAAUUUGGGAAGUUGGUUAG